CCUCCGGGUCUGAGCUGUUGAGCAAGUCCAAUUCACGAUAAUCCUGCCGGGGUUGGCCGGUAUCCCGCCUGGAUGGAAGACGAACAACCCUUUGGGUUGCGGGCAUUGUGUCAGGCAUUCUCGGUGAUAAUCGUGUCAGAGAUAGGAGAUAAAACUUUUUUAAUCGCGGCAAUCCUCGCUAUGCGACACGACAGAGCCACAGUUUUCGCGGGUGCCUUUGGAUCUCUUCUUCUCAUGUCUAUCCUUUCUGCAGUGAUAGGCCUGCUCCUUCCUUCUCUCAUCCCUAGAAAACUCGCACAACUUGCUGCGGCCCUGUUGUUCAUGGUGUUCGGGAUUAGGAUGUUGCUUGAGGGACAACGAAUGACCGAUGGCAACGAGAAAAUGCAAGAAGAGAUCCGCGAGGCUGAAGAAGAGAUUGAGGAAGCAGAUGCUGUAGCAGAUGGCACAGGCCUGCAGUCAAAUGGUGAAGUUGUGCCUCUGGAGGUGUUAGAAGGGGGAGGUUGCGGACGCGCAGACCACCGUCGAAACUUCAGUGUGAAACCCCAUGGCCAGCUGGGACGACCAAAAAUUCGAUCUCCCCCGCCCCGCUUGACCCAAGAUUCUCUCAUUCUCGAAACUAGAUGCACUCAACUAAAGAAACUCGCCAGGAGAACUAGUCAUGCGCUCCUUGGUCCUGUCUUCGUGAAAACGUUCACCCUCACUUUCCUCGGCGAAUGGGGUGACAGGAGUCAAGUAGCGACCAUUGCGCUGGCUGCCGCGCAUAACGUUUAUCUGGUUGCUUUCGGUACACUCAUCGGUCAUGCAUGUUGCACGGGGUUGGCUGUUUUAGGGGGUCGGUGGAUUUCGACUAAAAUUUCCAUUAAAAAAGUCACAUUGGGAGGCGCGUGUUUAUUCCUGCUCUUUUCUGUUUUAUAUCUUGCCGAAGCUUUGUUCAUGCCCUCGUUCAACCCAGCAGUAGACCUGUCCAAGCUUGAUGAUCAAUGACAGUUAUUUUCUCGCGAUCAGCUGACUUAAUCAAUUUUUGAAAUCGCCUGUUCCCAGCGCGGAGCGACGACGGCUGGGUACGAGUCUGCGCCGUGAUAGGUUCACCUCCCACGUGCAAAAUGGCUCUCAUGGCCUCAGUUGAACACGACAAUGAUGAUAUUCGAAAAAGGAGCCCUCCUACUUCCGAUUCUGUAUCAGGAUCGCGUGCUUCAGGGUCCAUAAUCCCGCCUCUACGUUCCUAUGGAGCGGGAUCCACAAAAGUGCUGACCGAUCUGGCUCCAGUUUUAAUGUCAUCGAAAAUGGCUGCGGCCGUCUCUACUAGAUCUUCCCGCAACAACAACACUUCAACUCCUUCUCUCUCCUUGGCAGCCUUGGGGAGAGCUCCUGGACGCUU